GAUCGAUUGGUCCCGCCCCCGCGGCCCCGCCCUCUCCUCAGCGGCGCGUCUCUCUUCACGCCUGUAAGGCGGAGGGGCAAACAAGCCUCCGCCACUCAUUGGUCCUCUCCUCCAAGCCACCGGGGGGCAGCACCGUGUUCGACGAAGUCUCGCUCUCAGGAAACGAUGGCCGACGCUGUCGAUUCUCUAGCCAAUCCUGGAACGUCUUGGCCCACCCGGCUCUCUUAUUGGGUACACGGCAGUGUGGCAAGGCGGAUGUUGUUCUCCCCGUGAGCGCCAAAGCGGGCAACAUGGCGUCGAGCGACGGGCAGUUUGGAAAUGUAUUAGACCACCACGUCCGGAGGGCGGUUUGCGCCACAAGGGCGAAAUAUCGAGAGGGCCGACGGCCUCGCGCGGUCAAGGUCUAUACAAUCAAUUUGGAAUCCCGGUACUUACUGAUACAAGGAGUGCCUGCAGUGGGAGCAAUGAAGCAAUUAGUGGAGCGAUUUGCUCUGUAUGGUACGAUUGAAGAGUAUAAUGCUCUAGAUGAAUACCCAGCAGAAGACUUUACUGAAGUUUAUCUUAUUAAGUUUAUGAGUUUACAGAGUGCAAGGAUAGCCAAGAGAAAAAUGGAUGAACAGAGUUUCUUUGGUGGAUUGCUUCAUGUUUGCUAUGCUCCCGAAUUUGAGACAAUCGAAGAAACUAGAAAAAAAUUAGAAGAGCGAAAGGCUUAUAUAGCAAGAGCUACUAAAAAUGAAGACUAUUAUAUGACAAAGAAGAAACCGGUUCCAGAGCAUAAAGACACAGAAGAUUUUAGACAGGCCUUCCACUCAGAGAUGCCUGGAUUUUGUGCAGUCACUUUGAACACACCGACUGGGAGCCAAGAUCCUCUUUUUCCUUAUUCUUGUGAAUUGCCUUUAGGUUAUUUUGCCUCAAAAUAUGUAUGUUCACCUGGGGAGCAUGUGGACAGAACAUCUGAUUCCUAUAAAGAUGGUAGAGACUAUAAUGAAACAGUGAAGCAUUGUAUCUACAGUGACUCUUCCCCAAAAUUACAGAUGAACACUUCUAAAAAUUUAGUGCCCCAUUCUGGAGCACAAAAAGCCAUUACUCCUUCAGGCGCAGUUGACAGGUUUAUGCCUCGGACAACACAGCUGCAGGAGCGGAAAAGAAGAAGAGAAGAUGAUCAUAAACUUGGAACUUUUGAAACAAGCACAGGCAGUAAUGAGGUGAUGAUUGGGCCUAAGUUACCAGACAUACCUAAAAUAGAUCUGCAAGAUGAUUCCUUGAAUACAACAGCAAACUUAAUUCGGAAAAAACUUAAAGAGGUAAUUUCAUCUGUGCCAAAGCCCCCAGAGGACAAAUUGGAAGCUGUAUGUACGAGUCAUCCAUUAAAACAAAGAAGAAGAAUAUAGAUUUCCAGGAACAAAGUUCCUCACCCCAAAUCCUGACACCAGAGGAAUAAAGCAUGCGGACAUCUCCCCAGUGGGACAGACCAGGGCUAUUUCUAGGCAAAAUUGUGACCUGGGAGAUUAUUGCCUGCGAGUUCCUGAUGUUAUGUUUAAGGUGAAAGCUGCCUUUGUAACAUCCUUCCGUUUGGGCUUGCAUUGUCUGCAUUCAGCCUUCUCUAUUCAUUUCCCUCGAUCAUCCAUAACGGUUCUAACAGUAAAGAAUUAAUGUCGAGGGGCUGGGGAUUUAGCUCAGCAAUGCAGCACCUGCCUGGCAAGCACAAGGUCAUGAGUUCGAUUCCCAGUACCAGAAAGAAAAAAAAAAAGCCAAAUAAUUAAUGUCUGGUAGUGCCUCUUUUGUUUUCUUUGAUGCAAAGACAAAGAAUGACCCUAAAGUAACACAUGUUCUGCCCCAUAUCAAGGUCUGCUUCCUGCAGAGGACAGAGGCAGCCUCAGAAACCUCAGUGUUACUUGCUGAUCAGAGUUGGCAGGAGCCUGACCCUCAACUUAGGCCAUGAGCUGAAAGACCCAUCCGGGUGACCCUGAGCGUUGUAGAACCUGUGAACCAAGACUGAAGACUUCAGUGACCUUAAAACUAGGCUGCUCAUUUCACUUGUUUGGUCUCAAGCUGUCAUGAACAGUGUUUGCAAGGUUGUUAUACCAAACAUUAAUCUCAUGUGUUUAGAAUAUAAACUUAAUCAGAUACUAAGUUGACAAUAUAUAUUAGCCAGAAAUCCUAUCUUACAC